AUGCAGAUUAUGCAUGAACGAGACUGUGGGUUGGCCUGUAUCCAGGAACCGUACGUUGUCCCCAAUGACCCGAGGUGGGCACGAUCCAUCGAGAACCCGCCCAUGGCUGCCAUCACAUGGCAGGGACCACGAGUGCCGAGCGCAGUGAGUGUACUAACCCGCGGCCAUGGCUUCGUGGUAGUAAGAUGGGAAAGAAUAGUCGUGGUGUCGUGCUAUUUCUCCCCCAAUAGAGAGAUUAAUGAAUUUAGGGCGUAUCUACAAUCAAUUGGGAAUGCCAUCUCGGACCACAUAAGGGGCCCGCUAAUUGUAAUGGGCGAUUUUAAUGCGCGAUCCCAUCUCUGGGAAAAUACACAUCCCACGAUAAGAGGCGACGUACUGGUCACCUGGGCGGCAGCCUUGGACCUGAGGCUUAUUAACGAAGGAACAAACCCUACGUGCGUAAGGCCGCAGGGGACCUCCGUGAUCGAUCUGACGUGGACAUCAUCAGCGGUACUGCCUGCGAUCCGAUCCUGGGAGCUCGCGGUUAACGAGGAGUCGCUGUCCGACCAUCGACUCAUUUUUCUCCGACUGCAUGGUAAGAGGGACGUACCUGUGGAGCGCUCAGCACACAACUUCCCUAAAUGGAAUUUGAAGAGCCUCAAACCUAAGCUGCUAAGGGCGAGUCUAGCAGUGGCCUACUGGCCUGCGGCGAGGGAUGACGAAAGGGCGGAAGUGCUAGCCACGCGGCUGCAGGGUGCACUGAAAGCGGCAGCCGACUUAUCCAUGACCCGACACAGGGCUCGUAGACGUAAGGCGGUCUACUGGUGGAAUGACUGCAUUGCGGACUUGAGAAAAGAGUGUAUCGCAUUAAGGAGAAAGGUAACCAGGGGUCGCAGAAGGAGACGAGCCACGAUACUUGCCCUGGAAACAGAGCUGGCACGAACACGUAAAAUGCUCAGGGUGGCAAUACGCGAUGCGAAGAGCAAUGCGUGGAAGGAUCUCCUGGCGUCAAUUGAUCGAGACCCCUGGGGCCGCCCAUAUAAGUUGGUUAUGGUUUGA